AUGUUUCUUGUGCGAAAUGUUUGCAGAGUGGAUCCUUUGCGUAAAUUACCUCGUGUUAUUUCGCCAGCUGAGGCGAAGUACACAGCAACAACUACGAUUCCUAACAAUAUUAACAUCAAGAACAAGAAUCGAAAUACUCCUGUGGAUCUCCUCAAUCCGAACGAACGGGACAAAUUUCUCUAUCAACAAGCAUGCCAUUUGGUCAGUCCGCCAACACAACGUGCCUAUCUUGGAAGCAUCAGACGAACCCAUGCCGGAUCGGAUACCGGGGAACGAUCAGAAAGUCGAAUGAGCUCGUACGAAGGUACAAAAAGUAAGCCUGUCCUGGCCCGUUGGGCUCAUAUGAUGUCUCCAGAUCCAUUACGCUCCGAAGAUUGGAAAUAUCCGGACAAAAAAGAACGAGAACAAUCGAUUAUAAUUGUAUCGGACAAAGAGGAUUCGACUAACGCUAAAUCGACACGAAUUUUGGCUCCAAGUAAGAAAGCGACAACACAGUCACGACGUUCGCUAUCCCGUGGUGGUAGUGAACGCCUUGCACAAAUCAAUUAUCACGGACCCCUGGAAAAUUCCAAAUCCGCUCACAAUCGUGUCGAUCGAAUGCCAAAGUGGCGCCGAUACACGGCCGAAUUCCCGGGAAGUGUGGAAAAACCACCAACCCCGGCACCGCGUACCAUGGUACGUGACACAACUGUCUACGGUAGCGUAAACGAUGCGGGCCGCAGAACAACACAAAAUUUCAUUAGUGCAAUUCCAUCUGGACGCCAAAAAUCAAUGGACGUGAGUGAUGGGAAACAACGCACAAUAGAAUUGAAUUCGAACGGGAAUGAAAUUGGAAAUGUGAAAGCACAUUUGUAUCGAAAAACUAUCAAUGGACUACCAACAAAAAAUGGUACAAUGAUCUAUGUGGAUGCAGAACCUAAAUCAAAAGCGAAUGGAGUUGCCAAUUAUGAGACAGGUAUGUCCCGCCUUGUCUAUUCUGCUCCAAUGAAUGGUCUGGAUUCACGGAAUCUUCCUGCGGAAUCGAACGGUUCAGUUGUAAAUGGAAUCAAUAAUGCAAAUCAUACACUCCAAGUUGAUUCUGCCGUAAAUCGAUCACCCGUCUUGAACGGAGAUCAUCGACCAGGUACGCCUUUUCAUUCGUCCGCGAGAACCGAAAUACCUGCUCCGGCAUGUGUCAAAGCCUGGACCACAACACGUCUGAAAGAGACUCCGGCACAUUUGCAGGGUUGGGAUGCAAAAAACGCGGUCACCAUAGCCGGAUUGCAACGUUCCCAAUCGAAGCGCGGUUCAAUGGAGGUUAACAAACCAACCGCACUGCUAACAUCCUCCACAGUGGUCGCACCGGAUUUCACCAGAGUCUAUAAUGGAAACAAUCCGACAGUCAUGUCUACCGGACGUGACUCACGUUCCAGUGACGGUCGUCACAGCUCCGAUCUGGCUGCGCACCAAGCGAAUGGAAACAAAAACGAAUACCGUGGCAUAGAAACGCCAAGAAAUUGGCCAUCCCCAACCUCCAUGAGUCCAUCUCCUACCGAACAUCAACAAUCCGGAUGUGCUGUCGCACCCCGAAGGCAAAAUUGGGCUUUCGGCGUCAUCAGACAAAAUGACAAAAGAUUCAGUUACCCGGAAUCCCAACACGGUGAAGUGGGAAAUGGAGGUGGUUCAACUAUCUCAAGUGAGGGAUUUCGGAGUCCGAUUUAA